CCGAGGGCUGGUGAUGUCAGCUGGGAAAGGGAGAGCGAGAGCGCCCGAGGAAAGGAGGGGAGGGAGCGAGCCGAGCCAGGGUUCCGGGUCAGGCGCAGGAAUGGAAACGCGGCGGCCGAGCCAGGCCGAGAGCCGCGCGCCUGCAGUCCGCGGCUAGCCAGCCAGCCAGCCAGAACCCCGUGCGACUGAUUGGGCGGCGGAGACAAUACGAGGAGGAAGGGCUUCGCUCUCUGUUCUGUUUCUUCGGCGGAGUUGCUUCUGGAGCCGGGGAGGGCGAGGGAAAGAGUUUCCUCCAGUCCCAGGCGAAUGUUUAGUGGCCGGUUCCUGCUGCGGGCUAGCCGAGAAGGAAGAAGAGAGGGAAGAGGAGGCGGCGCAGAGGGCGCCGGGGAAGGCGGCGACUGGCAAGCCAGCCCUGGGGACGCGCUUCGGGAGCCCGGCGUCGGUGGGGGUUGCUAGGGGGCGGGUUUGGCGCGUGCGCGCGCCCCUCUGUCCACGGGGGCUUCGCCGAAGCUGAGGCGGCGGGAGUCGGCGAGAAAGUCCACCGAGGGAGGGGACGCGCGCGCCGGAGAGGCCGAGGCCGCGCGCCGCUCCAGCCCCCGGUGGCUGCCAGAGCCCCGCGCCGCUUCGGCAAGCGGGCGGCCGGCGAGCGGCUCUUGUUUUCGUUGCCUCUGCCGCCGCCGCCGCCUGCGCUGCUAUGUUCCACUGCAUCCCGCUGUGGCGGUGCAACCGUCAUGUGGAGUCCAUCGACAGGCGCCACUGCUCGCUGGUCGCCGUGCCGGAGGAGAUCUACCGCUACAGCCGCAGCCUGGAAGAGCUCCUGCUGGACGCCAACCAGCUCCGCGAACUACCCAAGCCUUUUUUUCAGCUUGUAAAACUACGAAAACUUGGGCUUAGUGAUAAUGAAAUCCAGCGACUUCCUCCAGAGAUAGCAAACUUCAUGCAGCUUGUGGAACUUGAUUUGUCUCGAAAUGAUAUUCCUGAAAUUCCUGAAAGCAUCUCCUUCUGCAAAUCAUUACAAGUAGCAGACUUCAGUGGGAAUCCCCUCACCAGGUUGCCUGAAAGCUUUCCUGAACUACAAAACCUAACGUGUCUUUCUGUAAAUGACAUCUCACUACAAGCAUUACCUGAAAAUAUUGGAAACCUUUAUAACCUGGCAUCACUGGAAUUAAGAGAGAAUUUGUUGACAUAUUUACCAGAGUCAGUUGCCCAGCUACAAAGACUAGAGGAGUUGGACCUAGGGAACAAUGAACUUUACAACUUGCCAGAAACUAUAGGUGCACUUUAUAAUCUUAAAGACUUGUGGCUGGAUGGAAACCAGCUAGCUGUAUUACCUCAGGAAAUAGGAAGCCUGAAAAACCUGCUGUGUUUGGAUAUUUCUGAGAACAAACUGGAAAAACUCCCUGAAGAGAUAAGUGGUCUGACGUCUUUAACUGACCUGCUCAUCUCUCAGAAUCUUCUAGAGGUGCUUCCAGAUGGUGUAGGAAAAUUAAAACGAUUAUCGAUCUUGAAGGUUGACCAGAACCGGCUUCUUCAGUUAACAGAAGCAAUAGGUGACUGCGAAAGCCUUACUGAGUUAGUCCUUACAGAAAACCAGCUUCUGACUCUACCGAAAACCAUUGGAAGACUAAAGAAGCUAAAUAUACUGAAUGUUGACAGAAACAAAUUAGUAUCUUUACCCAAAGAGAUUGGUGGGUGUAGCAGUCUAAAUGUAUUUUCGGUACGGGACAACCGAUUAUCUAGGAUUCCUUCUGAGAUAUCACAAGCCACAGAACUUCAUGUGCUGGAUGUAGCUGGGAAUAGGUUGCUGCAUCUUCCCAUGUCACUGACUAGCUUGAAGCUGAAGGCUUUGUGGCUGUCAGAUAACCAGUCCCAGCCUUUGCUUACAUUCCAGACAGACACAGACCCUGAAAUAGGAGAAAAGAUCUUAACAUGUGUUUUACUUCCUCAACUGCCUUCUGAGCCUGAUAACCUGCCUCGAUGCGGUGCGAUGGAGAGCUUGGUAAAUGAAAUGUCAGAUGAAACGUGGAAUGAAAGGACAGUAAACAGAGUCAGUGCAAUCCGCUUCUUAGAAGAUGAAAAAGAUGAAGAAGAUAAUGAAAUGAAGACGCUUCUAAGGCGAGCCACUCCACACCCUGGGGAAUUAAAGAACAUGAAAAAGACAGUGGAGAAUUUACGGAACGAUAUGAAUGCUGCUAAAGGACUGGAUUCAAACAAAAAUGAGGUCAAUAAUGCCAAUGACAGAGUGACCACUUCUGUGUAAAGGCUCACUUCCUUUGAGUUUUCACCUCCUGUGCCUUUUCCCUGCUGUCGAAUUGUUCUUGUUGCAUCCUGGAAUAUCAUUCAGUCAACCCUCAUGUGUUGAGCCUGAAAUCCGACUCAUCUCGUCCUUAUGUCAUUUUUUGAGAGGUGUUUCUCACUAGAAGAAAAGUGCCUUAUUUCAGCCCAAGCAUUUGAAUAAGAGAGCCCAAUGUACUGAGAAAAUGUCUCCCAUGAUUGUGUCCUUUGCUUACACAGCUCUGGUUUGUGUCUUGGUGAAUUGUGCCCUUAAUUUCUAAUGUUGUCAGCCAUUUAAUAGGGUUUUAAGGUGGUUGUUUUCUUUUCUUUGAACAAGGGGAAUACACUAUUAUACAAUCAUGCAUGUCAUGCACAGGGGAGUUGUCCGUGGUUUAUUUCCCCCCCUAAAUUGCUGGGGUAUUUAUACUGCCCUGUGUUGACUUAUGGCAAAAAAAAAAGUAAUUAUGGAGAACUUAUCUUUUUUAACCUCUCUGGCAGCUCAGAUGGUGUAAAUUUUAUAAUUUUGUAUAGGUAUUUCAUAACAAAAUGAUGUAUUUCAUUUUUAAAAAUUUUUAGACGGUACAUUUUACUAUUUUUGUGGAAGAAUGUCAUUGAUGUUAUUGUCUGUUAUAUCUAAUUGUGCCUUAAUGCAGCUGAAGUCAGAUUAGUGUUAAAAAAAAAUUAUGAACAGAGAACACAGUUUAAACAGAGGUGCCUGUUUUGCUGUUUUGCAAAAAUGUAAUGAUUUCCCUUCCUCCCUCUUUAAAAAGCAAAGUUUGCAAAAUACUCUGUAUGUUAUAGUGGUGAUGUUAGAUGCUCAAAUUGCUACUGCCUUUUUUUUGACAUGGAGCACACAUACACUUUUUGAAAAAAGCGUUAAUGAAGAAAUUAAAUCGCCUUGUAUAUAGCUGCAUUGCAGCCAUUCAAACUUCAGGUGCCCACUUUUAAGUCAAAUGUGCCAUUUGUGACUUUUAAUAACUGGAAGAGCAGAAGUUGUGAAAACUUUAAUUUUAUGUACUACGCAGGCAUGAUAUUCUGAAGCAUACUUUGGAAGGUUUUAUAUCUAUAUAAAACCUAAUAAACAGUUUUAAAAAGUG